AUGAUAUUGCAAUGGAGAUCGCGUCGCUCUUAUUGCCGCAGAAAGGUAACUAUCAACCUGCAGCAGGACAACGAAUGGUCCUCUACGAUCCAGAGAAGCCCAAAGAAAUUAAUCUGCCCUAAUUCGUGGAUGACGAAUUCAGUGAGUUUCGUUCCUUUCGUCGACAAUCGGCUCUACUUCGAUCCAAACUCUUUGUUCUGCAUCGCGUCACCAGCCGUGGAUAUUCAAUGUUCGGCCCACGUUAUACGAUCGUCCAGGCAAAUGCGUCAUCACCAUCAUCAUCAUCCUCAUCGUCGACACCAUCAUCAUCAUCACAGAAAGCAUCGACGCGUGGUCAGCGAUCCGGGUACAAGAGAUUGGAACGCCGAUAACCAAGAUGUAAAACGACAUCGUCGAAUGUUCAGCUACGAUACGGGUAUUACUGGACUUAGAUUAAUCGAGGAGGGCGAGACAGUCGAUACCGACAAGGAAGUUCCAUCCCCUGACGAGACGAAAACGUCGACUUUCAGGAAAGUGCCAUGGCAUCCUAACUUGCACAUGCUCAAAAUUAGAAGAACCUAGCACGAUAAAAUGACGCAAACCUGGAUCGUUAGAAUGAUACGAAAGGAGCAAGAGUUUUAUCGAAAAUAUCGUAUAAGUUGAUCGAUCGUCUCGUUGUCUUUUUUUUUUAUUUUUAUCCUUGUUUCUCGAAGGAUUGUUACGAUGAGGCAUUAUUUAUCUUAUUGUAGGGAGUCGGACUUUUAGCAUCUUCAAGAUUACAAUUUUUAUUUCCCUCAUUACAAGUGUAAAUGUUUAGAUAGCUUACUUAUAUACUUUUUAAUCUUUAACUUUACGAAAUUAUUGCAUUUGGUAGACUUGUGAAUAUAGAAAUAUAACUUCUAUUAAAUAAAUAGAAUAUUUUUUUUUAUAUAUCUGAUAUACAUAUAUGUUACUAGCUAAAAUGAUGAGGAAAAUUAUUUGACCUUGGAGAUGUUGGAAAAAAAUUACUUCCUAGUAUAAUUGUACGUGUAUCAAAGCGAGUUAAUUAUCUCUAAUCAAUUAUUCCUAAGAGUGCAGUACCUUUUCAUUUUACGUGCAAUAUUAUCGUUUAUAAGAAUUUACGCGUAGGAAAUUAUUUAUUGUGCAAGUCAUGCGAAUAGUGCGUUACUAUUAGCCAUUGAGAUUGCGUUACCCUUCCUUUUAAAUCGUUAGAUACGAAGACACAACGAUGUAGCUCUCUUCUUGUUUUCUUUGCUCUCUUUCUUUUUAAAACAAAGUAUAUGUGAUUAUCGUUAAUCUAAACAAUAUUUUUGUACAUAUUUAUUUGUCAAUUUUUCUGUGGCAAAUAAGAAUUGUUGAUAUUUACACAGAACUGUAUGAUGUAUUUAUUAAACUCGCGGUACAUCGUAUAGCAGUUUAUAUUUCAACAAAAAUACAUAUUCGAAGCGGUAUAUUGUUUGUUGACUGCUCAACUCACACUGUUGGUUCAAUAUUUAUCAGAUCAUAAUUGAAAAAAGAAUCUUUCUGGUUAAUAAGUAAAAGAAUAUCCUUUAAAAAUUAAUGGAAUUCUUAAUAUGUACGAUAUAUAGAUAAAUUUGUAUAACAAAUUAAUCAAGUUCGUCUAAAACUUCAGCUCUUAGGAAAACUCUUCUAAAUCACACAGAGUAAUUGCGAGUGCCUAGUUUUAUAUCAUACUGCUUCACGAUAUUUGGUUUGCCAAAAAUCAUCCUUUCUUUCUUCCUUUGUCUCUCUCUUUGUAGGUAUAUACAACACAUACAUUCAAUUUAGAUCUGCUGUACUUUUCAAGGACUAGCGGAGAUCUAACAUUACUUUUCACAUUAACUUGAUGCAUAUAAUAUUUA